AUGGUGACUGUUAGCCCAAAAGAAGGAGAGAGGUAUUAUUUGAGGUUGCUUCUAACGCACAUUGCUGGACCGACCUCUUUUGAAGACCUUUUGACUGUAAAUGAACAAAGGUUAGCUUCGUUUAGAGAAGCUGCUUUGGCUCUUGGUCUUUUGCAGUCCGAUGCAUGUAUAGAGGAGACACUUCAAGAAGCAGUGGCAUUUCAGAUGCCGUCCUCAUUGAGGCUACUAUUUGCCACUCUCCUUGUGUAUUGUUCUCCGACAAGUCCUAAAUCACUUUGGGAAAAAUUUGAGUUUGAGUUUUCUGCUGACUAUCAUCACCAGCAGCCAUUCCACGGGUUUUCUUCUCCUGAAAUUAGACGAAAGGUGUUAGAAGAUAUUAACAGCUCGCUUGAACAGAUGGGCAAGAGCAUUACAGAUUUUCACUUUGUCUCUGAUGAUUUUUCAUGCGGUUACGCUGAACGGUUAACAAAGGAAAUUGAGAGUGAAAGGAGCUUAACAGUAGCACCUGAGGAUCUGUUGUUGCCUCAGAUGCUAAAUUCUGAACAAAAGCAUGCCUACGAUCUAAUCCUCGCAGCAUGUUUUUCCUUAGAAGGUCAGGCAUUUUUCGUUGAUGGCCCUGGUGGCACCGAUUUACCUUUCGAAGGGAAGGUGGUAGUUUUUGGAGGCGAUUUUCGGCAGACCCUACCUGUCAUUGAACAAGCAACUAAAGAAGUUCUCAUAGAGUCAACCUUCCCCAUUUCUCCUAUGUGGCCUAAACUACAUAAAAUCAGGCUUACAGAAAAUAUGCGAGCUAUGUUUGAUCCAGGAUUUUCACAAUUCCUUUUAAGAGUAGGAGAAGGCCGAGAGCCUAUUGAUGAUGAGGGUGAAAUAACUUUAUCAUCAGAUAUAGUUAUUCCUUAUUACGAUAAAGAGGAGUCUUUAAACAGGUUAAUAGAAAGCGUCUUCCCAGAUUUGAACCUCUAUUCUCAAGAUCCUUAUAACCUGAUUAAUAGGUGCAUCCUUGCUCCAAAAAAUAGCUCAGUUGAUGAGCUCAAUGAAAUAAUGAUUAAGAGAUUUCCUGGAAGCCUUCAAACCUAUAUUAGCUCGGAUAAGACAGUUGAUCAGCGACACCAAGGUGAUUAUGAGGAUUUUCUCAAUUCUCAAGAUCCUAAAGGUCUCCCUCCUCAUAGAUUGCUGUUAAAGGAAAACUGCACACUGAUGCUUCUCAGAAAUUUAAAUCCUGCUGAGGGUCUAUGCAAUGGCACAAGGUUAAUAUGUAGAGAACUCGGCCAACACACAAUUUCUGCUGAAAUUGUUUUUGGCCAUCAUCGAGGGAAAAGAGUUUUUAUUCCAAGGAUACCUCUUCAAACGCCUGACAAUGACAAAAAUGGGAUUCCAUUCAUAAGAACGCAGUUUCCUGUCCGCCUUUGUUUUGCUUUGACUAUCAAUAAAUCACAAGGUCAAACUCUUGACUACGUCGGCAUCUAUCUCCGAGAACCAGUUUUUUCGCAUGGCCAGUUGUAUGUUGCUCUGUCCAGAGCUAAGACCGCUGCUAAAGUUAAAAUUCUUCUUGUUCCUGGAACAUUUGAUGGAAUAAAAGUGGAUUGCAAAACUCGAAAUGUUGUCUUUGAUGAAAUUUUUAGACUAACUCAAGCCUAA